AUGUCCACAGGGGUUCUUAUGAAGCUUCAGAACAGCAUAGAUGAAGGGGAUGAAUGUAUCAUCAUUGGUGGUGUGAAGUUGAAAUUUGCUUUGAAUUUUAUGGUGGUCGGUGACCAAGCUGUUCAACGGAAAACGGUGCCAGCCCAUACACACUAUUGCCUUGGAUGCGAUUGGAAGGACAAGUCACUUUUCAAAGUGGCACUGAAAGCUGGCAGUGCAUCUGAUAUAGAAAGCACAUCACUGCAGCAGCGUUUGCUUAUCCUGACACAGAAUUUCAUGAUGCCUUUGGAAAACUACGUGUCAUCAUUAAUGCCCCUUAAAAAGUACUUAUCACCUUUUAAGAAUCUUCCACCGAUUUGUCCAUUUGUUGCGCACAAUUUCUUCGUUGCGUUGGACGAAACACGGUUAAUGCAAACGUCCGGUAUCAGGGGGGACUGGCGAGGUAACUGUUACUCUUUGCUUUGCAUUCUCGUUUUUAUGCGUUUUUUGCAGCAAUGCAGUGCGAAAAACGCAUAUUGA